AUGGCUCAUCCGCCUUUCCACAGAAACGGUGGCCAUCACCCGAACCGACGACACCAGUCGGCGGGCGGUUACGAUCGCUAUGGGCGUGGUUCACUCAAUCGUCAACGCGACCUCCAAAACCCUGUCGGCGGAAGUCAGGUCCCUUUACCCUAUCACCCUGGUCCCCUGCCCCAGCCCCAGGGGCGACUCUUUUACCCGGUUGGCGACUUUUGGGGCUUCGAGUAUCCUUAUGGCAUCCGAUCCUCUUAUCCCAUGGUCACUAGCCACGAUGGCUCCCCUCCGAAGCUGUACACGGAGAAUCACCUUCCCGAGUCUUUCUACACUGCCAACAAGCCCGGCAGGGCGAUCUUCAGCACCAACGAUAGCAAUAUCCAACCUCGCUACAUAGCUCCUUUCGACUUCUACUCCGAUCGCAAGCUGCCACUGUGGAGCGCUGAGGAGAUUCAGAAGAAUGCCAAUUCAAUUCGCAAGAAGUUCUGGGAGCACAUGAAGGACAUGGCUCAGCCAAUAUACUGGGAAGACAUGUGCGACUACUUUGAUUGCUUCGACAUUUACCAUCAUGGCGCCCUCAACAUCUUCAAUCUCCUUUAUCAUCUGUGGCAUGAGAACCAAGACUUGAAGAAGGAGGCUUACCGCGUGAUCGCCCUGGAAAUCGGUAUUUGGUGCGAUCGCUGGCUCGACAGAGGUAACAACAAGCAGAGGCUCCUGGACUUCCAAAACUGGGGCAACAUCAACAGCCUCUUCAGUGCAGACGACCAAGUCGGAAAUCUUGACGCCUCGCAGAUCGAGAUCAUGAAGAACGCCUUGCACCAUCGACAUGAUCAGCUUCGCCACAACCUUGUACCUUCUCCCACAAGUUACCCUUGCAAUCAGUUGGGUGUCCAUGGAGCCAGGAUUCAAGACUGGUUAUACGACCAGCCCAUCGCCGACAGCCACAACGGCCUUCACACCCCUUUGACUAUGUCAAACCCUAGACCCGUCGGCCAGAACAGCCUCGACAGUAUCCCGGAGCACCCGCAACCUCCCCGAGGAUACCAAACGCCCGUGGUCGCCAUUGGAACAAGCUCGAACCAUGGGGUCUCUCAGCCCCCCUCUCAGCCCCAAUCUCGGCCUCAACCUACUCCGGCAUCUACGCAGGAGGAAGAGCCCAAGGGCUGGGAAAGAAUUCCAGGUAGGGAUGAGGAAAUUCAUGGCCCAGUCCACCGUCGAUCUCCCACCAAACGGGACUCUCGCAAGGACAGCACUAGGAUUGCGUCUCCUGACCAACUCUCCGAAAGCAAGUCGAUGGAGCCUUCACCGGAAGCAGAGACACAGUCCAAGCCGCCAUCUGAGGAAGUGCUCCCGGACGAAGCUUCAGGCGACGUUGAAACUACUCAGAGCACGAGGUCGCGUGGCAAAACUAUCACGGUCAACCUGCCGACCACGCCGAAGAAAAAGGACCCUCAGGGUUCUGAGCCAUCCACUCCCCAGGCAAAGGCUACGUCUUCCUCUGCGGUGCAGUCAGCGAAGAAAACUUCUUCUCCCGCAAGCAACUCUUCCGAAGCCAAGACAACACCGCCUUCAAGCACGCCGAAGCAACUUGAGAAAACUUCUUCUCCCGCAAGCAACUCUUCCGAAGCCAAGACAGCACCGCCUUCAAGCACGCCGAAGCAACUUGAGAAAACUUCUUCUCCCGCAAGCAACUCUUCCGAAGCCAAGACAGCACCGCCUUCAAGCACGCCGAAGCAACUUGAGAAAACUUCUUCUCCCGCAAGCAACUCUUCCGAAGCCAAGACAGCACCGCCUUCAAGCACGCCGAAGCAACUUGAGAAAACAUCUCCCUCCCCAACCACAACGAAGAGCUCGUCGAAAACUUCUACUCCGUAUAGCCAAGUUUACAACGACAACAACGCCAACAACGUCGAGUUAGUUGAGUACCCCGAGCGCUCUCACCCUACUGCGACGAAGACGCAGGAGGACAUGCAGAAGGAGAUCGCUGGUCGUAAGUUGGAUUCCAUCUUCGACACAAUGGCUUCAAGUAACCAGAAAGACUCCUCAACAGCUGAGCAGCCUCUGACUGCUGUCGAGGACACUGACCCAAAGCCCAAGCCUAAGAGCAAGAGCAAGAAGAAGAAGAACAAGAAGAAGAAAGCUGCUGUUGUGCCUACCACGCCGCCUCCCACCACCUUCACGAUCAAUGAGGAUGAGGAUGUCAUCACUCUUACGCAGAACUACAGAAAGGAGGACACACCUAGUACUCUAACAGAGUACCUUGCCCGGGGCCUGCGAUCUAUCGAAAACUACGAGCCUGCUGAGGUCACCCCCGUUCCCACUGUCGAAGAUCAUCGUCCGAAGCAAGAUGCUCCGCCUACUGACCCGCCUGCCACCACCUCGCCUCCCACCACCUUCACGAUCGAUGAAGAUGAGGAUGUCAUCACUCUCACGCAGAACUACAAAAAAGAGGACGCACCUAAGACUCUGACGGAGUACCUUGCCCGGGGCCUGCGAUCUAUCGAAAACUACGAGCCUGCUGAGGUCACCCCCGUUCCCACUGUCGAAGAUCAUCGUCCGAAGCAAGAUGCUCCGCCUACUGACCCGCCUGCCACCACCUCGCCUCCCACCACCUUCACGAUCGAUGAAGAUGAGGAUGUCAUCACUCUCACGCAGAACUACAAAAAAGAGGACGCACCUAAGACUCUGACGGAGUACCUUGGUCGGGGCCUGCGAUCUAUCGACGACUGCGAGCCUGCCGUGCAAGAUGGACACGUCCCCACUGUCGAAGAUCAUCAUCCAAAGCAAGAUACUCCGCCUACUGACCGGCUUGCUACCCCGCCUGCCACCACCCUCAUGAUUAAUGAAGACGAGGAUAUCAUCACGCUCACGCAGAACUACAAAAAGGAGGACGCACCUAAGACUCUGACGGAGUACCUUGCCCGGGGCCUGCGAUCCAUUGAAAACUAUGAGCCUGCUGAGGUCAAACGCGUUUCCACUAUCGACCAUCAUCCGAAGCAAGAUACAACCCAGACCUCGAUGGAACACCUUGCGGAGGAUUUGGCUUCGAUCAAAAUCACGCAGCCUGCUCAAAAUGACGAGCCAGAUGCUUCAGACACACAGACAGAGCCAACCGGGGACUCUGCCAAGCCCGUCCGCAAAGGCUUCCGCGCUGGCGCUGGCGGCUCCCUUCGCUUGUCGAAGACUCGGAGCAAAAACGUCAAGAACUUGAGCUUUGUUGGCCAGAUGGGAGCCGCCCAUGGCUCGAACCAGCCUCUCGACCCGGCGCCACUGACUAACGCAAGCUGUAGCACCGCCAAUGAUGGCAACUCAAGCAAUGCGUCUCAAGGCAAUGUCUUGACACCUGCGACGCCUCUAUCCGCAAGGGAGACCAUGCUCAAAGAAAAGACUGCCAUGGGGACAUCGCUCAAGGAAUCCCCAUUCAAGGAGACUCUGUCCAAGGAGACCUCUCCCAAGGAGACCUCUCCCAAGGAGAACUCGUCCAAGGGGACUUCGCCCAAGGAGACUUCGGCUUAG